GGACUCUGGGAUCACGCCCUGGGACAAAGGCAGAUGCUUAACGACUGAGCCACCCAGGCACCCCGUGGAGAUGUUAUUUGAAGCACUAUUUCUAUUAGUGGAAAAACUGGAACCCUCUAAACGCUUAGGUUAUAGCUAGGUUAGGCACGAAAGGGCCGUUUGGGGGAUUUUGGAAAAUGCCACAAUGAAAAACAGUGGAAAUAUUAGCCUCUGGAAACAUGCCUCUGUUCCUUAAGAGAAAAACAAAGCAAAACUUGCAUCUGUGAUGGUUCAAACGGACGAAACCUGCGGCCUGUGUAGGAAGAACCAGCUGCAGUUUAACAGGAGCGUCCCCGCACAUUCCAGCGACUUGGCCGUCCGCUACUCCUGCCCGCACGCGAUCAGAAUUGAGAAGCUGAACCACUCGUACAGCGAGUCGCGCCAUCAGCAAGACCUGGGUUUGAGGGGCGGUCCCGAUGGGAGCGGUUCCGCUUCGUUUUCCAUCAUCUCGGAGGAGAGGCUCAGCCGCGCCGUGCAGCUGGCCAAGAGAGACGUGAAGCGCAGGCAGCUGGAGGAGCACGUCCAGCAGCACCGUCUCAGGAGUGAGCCCCAGCUCUCUCAGAGGGGGGAACCCCACAAGCAGCAGAUCCCCGAGCACAGGGCGCCAAGGAAGGGACCGAGGAGCCGGGAAAUGUGUCGUUGCGCCCACCAGCCGUCCACGGUGGCAGCGUCUUGCUCCGGUGCCAAGGUGUACCUGUGCACACCUUGUCCCGCACGGUCCCCUCCGGCCGUGCCCCAGUCACCACCCACCCGCGACCCGGGGCUGGAGCCCCAGCCCAGGAUCAGCGGCCACCAGAGCCUGCAGGAAGUGCAGCGUCUCCAGAGGGAGUUGAACACCUGUAUCCAUAAAAUGGAAGAAGUCACUAAGAAAGAUAGAGCAGAAGCAGUUCUGGAUCCGGACGAGGAGCGACGAGUCCGCGUGAGGAGGCAGGAGCAAGCCGCGCGCUCGGCCCGGAUGCUGUACGUGCUGCAGCAGCAGGUGAGAGAGAUCCAGGAAGAGUUGGAUAAAUUGAGUCCACAUAAGAUCAGACACACGAAGAAGUCGUGGGCCAUGUCGCGGCUGGCGGCUGCCCACCGAGGAGCCAUCCGGGCCUUACAAGUGUUGGUGACCCAGCUUACGGACCGCGGGGAGCAUCCAGUUCCUGCACGCUGCAGGGAGCUGGGCGGCCUCAUCCGCCAGCUGUCACUCUGCUCCGCCAGGCUGAACGCCGACUCUCCCGUCCCCGACGUGGUCGCGGACAUCCUGCGACAAAUCGAGGUAUGGAACGGACUCCGGGUUUGUUUCUAAGCAGGGAGGUAAUGCUUACUGCGGCCUCUGCUGUCGUUGGCAUUUAUGGAGAAGACACGACGAAGCUGCGGCCUGCUGAACUCAAGCUUCGCAGAGGACGGAGGACGCACCUUGGUUUUUAUUUUAUCCCUUUCACAGUCUAGUCCGUAACGCUGCGUCUCACUUGUUUGAGAAUGGGUGGCUGGGUAUAGAAUGCGCAUCGACUACUAACCAGGUCCAUUGAGUCACCAGAACGUUCCAUUCCCUUAACAUGCACUUGAGAGAGAAUCAGCACAGGAAAGGAGAGCAGCAGAGCGCUCUUCAGUUAGCGUUUGGGUGACAGUGCCAGUGUGCAGCCUCGGUGGACUUCUGGGAAGAAGGGGUGCUUGAAGACAUAAGAGAGCACAGCCUCUAGCCUGGUGUGGUGGCUGGCGAUGUCU